AUGUCCCUCCGCCCAGUCCUACCGCGCCUCCUCCCAACAUUAUCCAAACAAGCCUCAGUCCAGCGCCCACAGUUCCUUCGCGCAUUCCGACAAAACCUCAGCACCGCCUCAAAAGACACACCUUCUCUCCGAAAUAGCGCGUUUCGCUCAACCCACUUCCGCACCCAACGCCGUCUCAACUCCUCCGGCCCAAAGACCAACACAAACAGCUCCAGUUCCAGUUCCGCUGGCCUCACCCGCGAAUACGGCUGGGCCGCGCUGGGCGUGUACUUAACGCUCAGCGCGCUGGACUUCCCAUUCUGCUUCGCGGCGGUGCGGUUACUGGGCGUUGAGCGCAUAGGUCAUUUCGAGCAAGUGGUGCUGGGAUAUUUGAAGGAGACAUUUAAGUCUGUUUGGCCUGCUGCGCUUUCGAAGGAGAAGUCGGGCGAGGAGAGUCAGGCUGGAGGUGAGCAGGCGCAGGAACAGAAGGGUGGGGAGGUUGAGAAGCAGGAGGAAGCGAGCAUCUGGACGCAGCUUGUUUUCGCGUACGCUAUUCACAAGAGUCUGCUUAUCUUUGUGCGGGUUCCGCUUACGGCGGCCGUGACGCCUAAGGUUGUUAAGGUGUUGCGGCGGUGGGGGUGGGAUAUUGGGAAGCGGAAGCCUAAGAGUACUUAG